AUGCAGUCGGGCAAGAUGGCGCCUCCCAAGAACGCUCCGAGAGAUGCCUCGGCGACGGCACAGACCCUGAAGGAUAUGGGAAUUAUGGAGUACGAACAAAGGGUUAAAAAUCAAAUGUUGGAAUUUGCUUUCCGAUAUAUGACUUCAGUUCUGCAUGAUGCAAAAAUUUAUUCAAGCCAUGCUAUGAAACCUAAUGUUAACGCAGAUGAUGUGAGACUGGCAAUCCAGUGUCGGGCUGACCAAUCUUUUACCUCUCCCCCCACUAGAGAUUUUUUACUGGAUAUUGCAAGGCAGAAAAAUCAAACCCCUUUACCACUGAUUAAGCCAUAUGCAGGACCCAGACUGCCACCUGACAGAUACUGCUUAACAGCUCCAAACUAUAGGCUAAAGUCCUUAAUUAAAAAGGGACCUAACCAAGGAAGACUGGUUCCACGGUUAAGUGUUGGUGCUGUUAGUAGCAGACCUACCACUCCUACUAUCGUUCCUGCAACAACUGCAGUUCAAAAUGUUCUGCUUAUUCCUUCAAUGAUUGGGCCCCAAAAUAUUCUUAUUACCACCAACAUGGUUUUAUCACAGAACACGGCCAAUGAACCAAACCCAUUGAAGAGAAAACACAAAGAUGAUGAUGAUGCUAUGUAA